AUGGCCAUGCUCGCAUCCAAACCAUCGUAUUCGGCCCCCGCGCUGGGCUCGUCUUCGCAAACGUCCACACAGUACAGCGCCACCUUGUCAAGCUACCGCAACCAAGGUGCUGCCUCCCGUGCAGACCACUCGCUCUAUGCUUCGCCCACCGAGUCGGAAUUUUCCGAAGUCUACGAUGCCCCGGACGCAGUCAGACACUGGGACGAAGAGAAGGUCGGAGACUGGCUGAAGCGUAUCAACUGUUCUCAAUAUGUGGAGCUGUUCAAACAAAACAACAUCAACGGCGAGAAUUUGAUGGAGAUGGACCAGACACACCUGAAAGAUAUGGGCAUUAAAAAGGUCGGCGACAGGGUCCGUAUCGGCUCGCAAGCAAAGCAGCUCCGCAACAAGGAGUACAAGAAGGCUUCCAGACGGGUGUCAAAUAGGCAAUCCCUUGCCAUGUUGGACAAUGCCGCCUAUACCCCGCCCUCGUCUGCCUCGCCUCGCCCAUCGCACUCUGCGCGCUCCAUUCCUUCUGGCUACCAAAAUGCCUCGAAGCGCAUGUCUCGGCAGAUAACCGCUUCCGAUCUGAGUUCUUAUGCCUACGGCGGUGCCAAGUCACCUUCACGUCCCAGCUCUCCUAUGGUUGAUCAAGAGUCUCGUGGCACGAGGCGCGAACGUACUUACGGCGUUGCCAGUCCUCAGGACAGCAAGAACUAUGCAUCGUCAUACAGCAGCCUGCCCCUGAGCGCAGCCAACAGCGCAGCCAAUAUGUCGUAUCGCAAUCCACGAACCACGCCCACCGAAACUCCCCAAACCGCCCGCUUCGCGAGCCACAUUCGAAAUCAGAGCAUGUCGGAGAGCGCCACUAACAGCGCCAUAUUACCAUCCGACAAGGCUGUGAUCCGAGUCAUCUACGACACGGGCCGGUCGUCUGUAAUAAAUAUUGAAGGUUGCAAAACCGCGGAUGAGAUUAUGCUCAAGACUUUGAGAAAGGGGCAGCUCAACGAGGGCCAUCUCAAGAACUACUGUUUCUAUAUCUUGGAUGGACCAGAGCCCAAGCCCGAGCUAUGCCACAGACUGAGCGAUAUCGAAGUCAUUCGGUUGUGCAAAGACUCGAAUCGACAUGAGAGAGGGCGUCUCAUCUUACGAAAGAUCCAUACUGGAGAACCUGAAGAGGAUCAGUUGAAGGCGGCCGCGGGAAUCUACCAACAGCAAAACCUGCAGCAGACGCAGAACAUCAUAGUGCCUACAAGUGAGCGAAGCAAGAAGAAGAUCCAAGAGAUCACGGGAGAGUCGUUGGCCGCAGUCAGCUAUCCGCUCUCGCCUACCUCAGCAAGGGAGCGAGAACGACAUAUUCACUCCACCGCACAACAUCUGGAAGGUCCGUCCAGAUCGCAGGCCUUUGCGACGAGAGCGCGGAAACUUAAGCAGUUCUACGGUGCACGACCGCCGAGCGAGCUCAUCACUUCAGAUCUUACAUCAUACUUUCCAGAUGUGGAAAAGGGCGAGAUUGAUAAGACCAUAAGAAUGUCGAUUCGACGGUCUCGUCGUCUUAGCCGAGCGGCUUCCCGCUUGUCUAUGGCUUCAAACUUUAGUGUUGCCUCGAGCCUAAAGGAUGCUCCUCCUCUUCCAUCUAUCGCGGACAACUGGCUUCAGAACAACAACAAUCAGGCACGCCCGCUGAGACCUCUUUCCGUUAUGCGCCUUGGCCUCCCCUCUCAGUCUGGGUACCGUGAUUCGAUAGCAUCCUCAGUCCUAGAGCCACUGGAGGAAGAGUCACCUCUCGAGCCGAACCGAAAAUCGUACGUGUCUUUUGGCGGCGAGAGUACUACAGAGAACCUUCAAGUCACCGACCCUGAAGGUCAUACGACCAUGCAGUCAUACUUCGACGACGGUGGCAGCAGUUUGGCCGGCAGCAGCGCUGGCAACACAGAGGCCGGCGAUUCACUCAACAAGCGACUUUCCGCAGCUAUCGCCGAGGAUGGCGAGGAGUACGACGACGAGCUUGCCGAUUACCUUGAGCAAGAUUCCUGGGAGAAUGUCAAGUACAUGAAGGGUGCUCUGAUCGGACAAGGUUCCUUCGGUAGUGUCUAUCUGGCGCUUCACGCCGUAACGGGCGAGCUUAUGGCUGUGAAGCAAGUUGAACUCCCAUCUGCUUCUGGAACCGCCCAGACGGAUCAGAGGAAAACCAACAUGGUGGAAGCGCUCAAACACGAAAUCGGCCUGCUCAGGGAUCUCAAACAUAAGAACAUCGUGCAGUAUCUUGGCUCAAAUUCCGACGAGCAACACUUGAACAUUUUCCUAGAAUAUGUCCCAGGAGGGUCCGUUGCCACCAUGCUUGUCAACUACGGUCCAUUGGGUGAAUCUCUCAUCCAGAACUUCGUACGACAAAUUCUCCAAGGUCUGUCUUAUCUUCACUCAAGAGACAUCAUCCAUCGUGACAUCAAAGGAGCCAACAUCCUUGUCGACAACAAAGGAUCCGUUAAGAUUUCCGAUUUCGGCAUUUCCAAGCGCGUUGAUACAUCCACCUUGCUCAACGGCGGCAAGAAAGGCGCUCAGCGCGUUUCCCCUGCAAGGUUCGGUGUUCUGGAUGGCACCGGAGGUCGUUCGUCAGACGGCGUACACCCGCAAAGCAGACAUAUGGUCACUCGGUUGCCUAAUUGUGGAGAUGUUCACCGGAGCGCACCCGCAUCCCACGUUGAGCCAACUCCAGGCCAUCUUUAA